AUGGGAGAUAAUUGUUUGCUUGCCCAUGAAGUCCUCACUUAUGUUAAACGGAGGAAGAAAGGCUUGCGAAGAUUUGCGGUAUUGAAAAUAGAUAUGAAUAAAGCCUAUGAUCGUGUGAAUUGGCAAUUUAUUGGCUGGAUUCUAGAUCAUAUGGAAUUUCCUGCGGUUUGGAGACACUGGAUCAUGCAGUGUGUCUCAACGGUUUCAUAUUCAAUUCUUGUCAAUGCUAACACUUCAGCAUGCAGGAACAUUAGAAACACAAUUGAUUUGUUUUGCAAAGUCUCAGGAGAAGCAAUUAACUUUGACAAAUCCAACGUGAUUUUUAGUCCGAAUACGCCAAGCAAUAUUAAAAACGUGUUGAAGCAGAUACUUGGAACUCCAUGCACAGAUUCACUGGGGAGAUAUUUAGGAUGCAAUAUUGAGGUUGAUGGAAGAUCAUCCCACGCUUUUGAUCCCUUGGUUGAGAAGGUCCAAAAAAAGAUCUCUUCCUGGAAGCACCUAUCCCUCUCGCCUGCAGGUAGACUCCUGCUAAUAAAUGGCAUUUUAGCUUCUUUGUGCUCAAAUGUUCUUGCAGUAUUUCUGGUCCCAAAGUUGAUCUCCAAAAAAAUAAACUCCCUGUUAAUGUGGUACUGGUGGAGGACAAGUUCGAUGCACAUGGGUAUUUGUUGGGUUAAACGAGCGAAAUUGGAAGUGCCCAAGGGUAUGGGGGGGAUUGGGCUUCGUAACAUUGUGAUGUUUAAUCAAGCCCUAUUGGUGAAGCAGGCAAUCCGUAAUAUCAAAACCCAGACUCGCUCAUCGCAAAAGUCUAUAGAAAGGCUUAUGGUGCGUCACCAUUGGAAGCUGGCUUGA